AUGGCCAUGGGAGCUGACCAACUUGGGCUCGAGCGCUUGGCCAUCGACGCCCUCGGCGCCUCGAUGCGUGCGCUCAACCACUGUGUCGACUCAAUCCGCUCGGUGCCAUUGGAUGCGACGGCAGCCAUGACUGACAACAUCCUGCAAGCAAUGGGCAUCAAGGAUGCUGACCUUGCCAACGUUGGCUCGGUCGUCGCAUCACGUCUGGUCGCUCUUCUGCAAGGCCUCGCCGCCGCAAUUACCGAAGGCGAAGCUCUUGAGAUCACGCGUCCGCCGGAUGCGAAUCCAGCCAAGCCGCGCGCGCCGCUGUGCCUUUUGAGUCUGCGCGACUACACGGGCGUCCAGGCCGCAAUCGAACUCCUCGUAACAUGGGGCAUCUACCCAUGUGUCGAAGCUGGCAUUCUCGUGCCACUCGAGCAACGCGUUGUGUCCAAGACCAUGAAGAUUGCAAAGCACGUGGUGGCGCACGGAAGUCAGCUGCCGACUGCAUCGCCGCACGACCAGCUCUACACCGUCGUCGCGUGCCUUCUCAACGUGCUGCAGCUCUCGCAGUUCAAGCCGAUGCUACUGCCGGCGUACCUCCGCGACAUCUUUGCUGCGCUCGUGUACGAGCGCCACGUGUCCCAGGGCCCGCACUCGCUCGCCGCCCAAAAGCUCCUCGAUGCACUCGUCGACGACCUCCCCCUUCGCGUCACAAUGAGCAGCGUCCGCGCUGUCUUGGGCCAGUGCCAUCGGUCGCCCAAUGUGGCGUUCAAGACCCAGUGCGGCCUCCUUCUCACGGCGUGCGUGCUCAAGCCCGGUGGCGUGCACUCGACCGUCGAGGUGCUCUUGAGCACGGUCGACGAAGGCAACACGCAAGCUCGCAUGCACGUCGCCAGUCUCAUUGCGCGCUGCCCACGCGGGUAUGAACGCGAUGCGUACCUUGCCGCGGUCGCGCCGCAGCUGCUGCAGCUAUUGAGUGCCAAGGACAUGCCCAAAGCCGCCAAGCUCCUCCGGGAAACAACGGGCUUGAUCGUGUGCCAACUCAUCUUGGAGUAUCCGCUCGCGUCCGUCGACACGACGCUCUUGCAGCCGCUGCUCGGACCGCUCUUGCGCGUCGAGGGCCAGCCUCGUGCCGCGUCUCUGAACCGUGAUGCGAUCCACUUUAUUGCCACCGAGGACGAGCUCGGUGCGUGCCUCGCCGCCCUCAACGUGAUGUUGCUGGGGCCGCCGCCACCUGCGCCCGUGCUUCUCGCGCUCGCCCCGUGCUUCCGUCCGCUCGUUUUGCUCUACGCUUUCUGUGUCGCCAGCAAAUCCUACUGGAAGGAGACGGUGCAGCAACUGCUUGCAGCGUACGUUCAAGCGGCGCCGUUCGCAGCCUUGUUGCUGCAAAGCGCGGUGGCCCCGAUGAACCCGACGCACCGCACGAGCCUGCAGCCGCUCGCUUCUGCAUCGCACCUCGCAUGUACCUUCUCUGCGGGUGGCUCGGGGGGUGCUGCAAUCACGGCCCUCGACUCGUCGUACCCGAUCGACUCGAUCGUCGCCGGUAUCGUCGACCUCCUCCAGGCGCCCGCGCUCGAAGCCUGCGACGUUGUCGGCGAUCUCUUCACGUCGCUUUUGACGAGCUACAUGCAGCUCAAGACCGGCGUGGCCGCUUCGUCGUCGCCAAUCGCUGGCAUGGACGCCUAUGCUGCUGUGGUUCAGGCGCCAGAGAACGCUCCGUCGAUGCUGCAGCUGCUGGUCGCCCUCACCGAGGUCGUGGGCCCUGCCGUCUUGCGCAGCGGCGCGUCGAUCCUGCAGUGUCUUGUCACCGUCAUCGACAUGUACACGUCGUCGACGUCGAUGCAAUCAUCGAUGUAUGACGCGCCAUUGUCCGACGACGACGACGACGAGACGGCGAUGGACGUGCUGAGCGUCUGCCUCGGUAUGGUCACGACAAUCCUCGAGGUCGGUGCCCGCGACCGGUCGCCACACGAAGAGGCGCUGCUCAAGCAGCUGCUUCCGUCGCUCGAGGCCCUCUCGACGCACCAGAAGGUCGACAUUGCCGAGAUGGCCUCGGAGCUCCGAUUGCAGCUGCUGGCGCGCGCGGCGAACACAGUGCCCGAGCCCAAGUUGACUGCGCUUACGUUCGCCAACAUUCUGGCGCUGUCGGAGAAGGACCUCCAGAGCCCGUCGGUGCCGUUGCGGGCGCGCGGCCUCGUGCGCUUGAACAAACUCAUUCGGAGCCGAGAGGCCAUUGACGUGGCCGCUCUCACGAAGCUCUUCCUCGCGCACCUCCACGACGCCGAGAGCUACGUCUUCUUGGCGUCGAUUCAAGCGCUCGCGAGUCUUGCCGACAUGCACCCGACGAUUGCGAUCCCGAUGCUGCUCGACGCGGCCACCGACACGAAGAAGACACUGUCGCUUGACCAGCGCAUCAAGCUCAGCGAAGCGCUCAUGUUCACGGCGCGGCGCUGUGGCGAUGUCCUUCCCGCGUACAGCCGCGGCUUUGUGUAUGCGUACUUGGGAGCGAUUCGCACGACGUCGGCCACGACCGACUUGGCCGACGCCACGUACCGAGCGAGCUGCCUCUCGAAUUUGGCCGAGGUCUGUGGUCUUCUGCGCUGGGCGAUCCAUCCGUUCUUGACCGACGUGCUCUUGUGCGUCAAAGACGUUCUGCAGGUCGAGCGCGGCAGGGCCGAGCCGCAGAUCGCGCUGCGCCGCGGCGCUGUCUUCGUGCUAAACCAAAUGCUCCAUCUCAUGGGCCGGGACGUGUUUGCGAUCGCGUCGGAGCACAUGACGCCCAUCUACCGGCUGCUCAAAGGCGUCGCAGGCGACUCGGACGGCGUGUGUGUCUUCCAUGCGACGCAGGCGCUGGCCGAGCUCGAUGUGCUCAUGCGUGGCGAGCUCUUCCAGGUCGGGAGAGGUAUGAAGCGAGCGCUCGAGGUAUCCGCGACGGACGCGACCCAGGCCCGGGCCAAGGCGCGCAGCGACCUCGACAAGCUCGGCGAGGAAGGCGUCGUGCGCCACGUGCUCUCGUACCUCGACGUCAAGGACCACCACGUGGCCAAGGCCGUCUGCCGCGGCUGGAAAAGCCUGAUCGAGACGCUGGACAUGGCGGUCUUAGACUUGAGCGUGCGCUCGCCGCUCCAUGCGAAGAACCUCGAGGCCGCGUUCCUCUCGACCAUCAACAGCUACCGCGACGUGCGCACGAUCGACUUUACCGGCCAGCGCUCGCUCUGCGACCGCGACCUCCUUGUGCUCACGUCGUGCUUUUGGUCGUCGCUCGAGACGAUCGUGGUCGAUGACUGCCUCGACAUCACCGACUUUGGCCUCUUAGCGAUCCUCAACGCGCAGUCGCAGCGCCUCCACACGGUCUCGUUCCGCAACUGCAAGCUCGUGACGGGGCGGUUUGCGCAGACAGCCAUCACAGGUCAUCACCCGUCGCUUCGGACGCUCGACUUUCACAACACACGCGUCAAUCUCGGCCUUGUCCAGCACUUGGAGAGUCGGUUUCCGUCGCUCCAGUCGAUCGUUGCCACGCACACGCCGGCGCACUACGAGCUGCUGCGCGCGGCGCCGUGGGGCGACCUCCAGGCCGAGUGGGCGCGCUGCGUGGCGCACCAGCUCACCAAAGUCCAUUUUUCGAUCGUACUCGAGGACUUUGCCGCGCUCCAGAAGCGCGUGCCGCUCCGAACGGUCUUUGAAAAGACCCUUUUGAGCAGCAGAAAGGCGCUCGUCGACAUGCCGCUCGAGAGCGAGAGCUACUCGUCCGCGCUCCUCCACGUGUGCGAACACGACAUUGAGGACGUCGUGCACAUCCUUUUGAGCGUCGGCGCCGACGUCGAAGUCACGAACAAGGACGGCGCGACGCCGCUCUGCCUCGCCGCCACCAGCGGGUGCCUCGGCGCCGUCGACGCGCUCAUCGUGGCCACCUUGCUCGCGCACAAUGCACGCACGGAUGCGGCGACGACGUCCAACACGACGCCGCUCUGCGUCGCCGCGAAGAACGGGUCGCGCUCGAGCGUGCGGCAGCUCAUUCGGCACCGGUCGCGGCGCCCGAGCUUUGUGCACGCGCACAUCAAGCCGACGCCCGAGUGGGUCCUCGCGCUCUGUCUGGCAUGCGAGCGCAGCCACCACGAGAUCGUGCUCGACCUCCUCAACCUCGGGUUGGACCCGAACGUGCUCAUGGACAAUGGCGUCACGCCGCUGUAUCUGGCGUGCCAGAUGGGGCACCACACGAUCGUGGAGACGCUCUUGGCGCGCGGCGCCGACCCGAAUUUUACGCGCGCGGGCGGCGUGAGCUGCUUGUACAUUGCGAGCCAAGAAGGCAAGCUGGACGUCGUCGGCUGCUUGACCAAGUACCACGUCGACGUCACGGCGACCAUGGACGACAAGAGCGCAGCGUUGCACAUCGCCGCGCGCAUGGGCCACCGCGACAUUGCGCUGCACCUGCUCAUGCACGGCGCCGAUCCGAACGGCCAGACGCGAUCCGGCCUCACGCCGCUUUUGAUUGCGUGCGAAGAAGGCCACGUCGCGCUUGUCGCCUAUCUGCUCUCGCUGCCGAUCGUGCAGCUGGAUCGGCCGACGCACAACGGCACGACGCCGCUCUUCAUUGCGUGCCAGCGCGGCUUCCGCGACAUUGUCGCGCUACUCUUGGCCGCGGGCGCAAACGUCAACGUGGCCAAAGCCAACGGCACGAGCCCGAUCGACGCCGCGAGCAUGCUCGGCCACCGCGACGUCGUCACGCUGCUGCUGCGACACGGCGCGCGUGUCGGCGGCCUUGCACUGCACUUUGCCGAGCGCCGGAAGGACACGACUCUGCUUGCGCUACUGCUGCACCAGCACCAAGCCCAGUGGUAUGCACCGCACGUCACAGCCAUGGUCGACUAUGUUCAAUAA